AACACUAAGGGAGACUUUAAGUCAACCUUUAGCUAAAUUUCAUUUCAAGAACCAACCUUUAUUUCUGGCUAAAGGACUCCUUUAUGUAUCUUCCUUAAGCAAAGGUUGGGCCAUUUCUAGAACCUUCCUUCAUUACAGGAAAUGCUUUAAAUUGCUGUAAGGAGGCCUUUAAACAUAAGGUUGGUCUGGAGUAUCCUUUAGUCUCCCUUUAGUAGCCGAUGUGGAAGGAUCUCUUCUGAUAACUCAGCGAUGGGCGAUUAUGUCAACCGACUAGUGCGUCUUUAUGACGUCAAUGUGCGUAUGCCACGCAUCCGGACACUGCUUCCUCAGUUUCGAGAGGAUGAUUUCAGUGACGACGCCUUUUUUGAUCGAUUUCGGUUCACCAAGGAUGGAUUUAACCAGCUGAUGCACUUCAUUGGCGACGACAUCCCGGAACCUGAGAACAAUCGUGGACACCCCAUGUCACCAAGGACCCAAGUGCUAGUUGCACUCCGUUACUAUGCGACAGGUUCGUUUCAGAUCGUUCACGGAGAUUUGCAAGGAGUGUCCCAGCCAUCGGCUUCAAGACUUGUUAAAAGGGUUUCAGGACUGUUAACAAGAAAACGAGCCGAAGUAAUUCGUUUUCCAAUUGGACAGGAAGCUGUUGAAAAUAAAAGGAAAUUCUAUGAACAGUAUGGUUUUCCUGAUGUGCUAGGUUGCGUUGACGGAGUUCAUGUGCCCAUCGAAGCCCCAAGCUUGGACGAACGUGAAAUUUAUAGAUGUCGCAAGGGUUUCAUGUCGCUGAAUGUUCAAGGCAUCGCAGAUACAGAUCUGAAAUUCAUCAACAUUGUUAAUCGAUGGCCGGGGUCAACUCAUGAUUCACGGAUUUUCGAUAACAGCCGGAUUUGUUUCCAGCUUGAACAACGCCAAUUCGAAGGCCUUCUGCUUGGAGAUAAAGGCUACGCUUGCCUACCAUUUUUAAUGACGCCAUUUCGGAACCCAGCUGGCCGUGCACAAAGGCGAUACAACAGAUCACACAAGAGUACAAGAUCUGCAGUUGAAAUAAUGUUUGGUAUAUGGAAACGCAAAUUUCCGUGUUUGAAACAGGGUAUAAGAGUGAAGCUUGACACAGCAAUGUCCGUCAUCACUGCGACUGCAGUAUUGCACAAUAUUGCCAUUGAUCUGAAGGAGCCAGAUGUUGGUGAAGAGGCUGAGGCUGAGGAUGACGAUGUCCCUGUAGUCGAUAGGGAUGAUAAUGUCAUGGGUGCUUCUAUCAGACAAACAAUUGUUCAACAACAUUUUCAAUAA